AUGAACGUAUCGACACACAAAUAUCAACCCAUCUCGACUAACGACGAUGAUGGACGACCAGCUGCAUCAAUCAUCGAAUUAACAAGUGGAAAGCCAUCGGCUGAUCAAUACGCAUCAAUUGCAAACUAUGGUUCCGCUUUUGCCUAUUCCAGACAAGUUAAUCUUCAUGCUCUAUCUGAAAAACGUCCAUUGGUUGGCAUCGAAAAACUUGCCCAUCAUUUUGUGAUUUUGCUCUGUGCAAUUUUCACUUGUCUUCUCCUGCCAUGGUCGCUCAUCUUCGCCGUUAAGCGCGUUCGUCCAAAUGAACAAUUGGUCGUUUAUCGUUUGGGCCGUGUUCAAGGUUCACCUCGACGUCCAGGCCUAACUUUAGUACUUCCCUUCGUUGAUUAUACAAAAUGCAUUCGAACAACUCACAAUAGUUUACCAAUUUCUCCAACUCAAAUUCUGUGUCGAGAUAAUGCGAUCAUUGAAGUCAAUCUCUCCGUAGAAUAUACAAUUGAUGAUCCCGUACUUGUAUCAAAUAGCUUAAAUGAUAUAUCCAUUUCAUUAAAGUCAUUAACACGAUCAACACUAGUGUCGAUGGUCGGUAAAAUUGACGGAAUGAAAAUUGAACAACAAAUAUAUACCAUUGAAUUAUCUCUUAAAAAUGAAUUGAAUCAUUUUGUUCGAAAAUGGGGUAUUGAAAUCGAAAAAGUGAAUAUUGUUCAAACCAAACUCAUUUCAACAGCGGAAGAAAAUCAACAAAAUCAAGCAUCGUUUCAUCCUGCACUCGAUGUGUUCACAAAGAUCUUUGCUGGCAUUAUGCAACAACAGAACCAAGCAGGUCCUAUUCCGCCAACAAUAGUGAAAUCCAAUGAGAAUUCCGCAUCACCUGUUCUUCAACUUCUUGUACAGAGAAUCAAACCUGCUCUAAAUGCUGAACUCGUUCAACAAAUUAAAACUACCUAUCAAUUCAACAUAGCAACUCUCGGAGAGUUCUAUCUUGAUCUUAGAAAUGGCAACGGAACUUGCGAUACUGGUCGUUUUCCAGCCGGAUCGUCUGCUGACGUGUCGAUUACCUUAUCCAAUCCCGAAGAUUUGCGUUUAUUAUCAACGGGAGAUUCGAACGAACUUGUCCAAGCUUAUUUAAGCCAACGCAUAACAAUCGAUGGUUCAUUACAAGAUGCAAUGAAUCUGAAAUAUUUAGCUGAUGCACUUCGUCGAGAUAAUAUUCUUCUUUUUAAUCCAACAAUUCGAAAAUAA